AGAAUAUUUGUUUACAGAAGUAGCUGAGAACGAGAGAGACAAGAAAAAGAACAUCCCUGUUGUGGACCCUUCUGCAGGAGUUCAGAAAUUUCAACAGUGAUCUUUUGACAUAAGCUGAUCUACCAAGAGACAUUCUCGCCAUUAUGAAUGAAGUAGCGAUAGUGAAGGAAGGAUGGCUCCACAAACGAGGAGAAUAUAUCAAAACAUGGAGGCCUCGGUAUUUUCUUUUAAAGAAUGAUGGCACAUUCAUUGGCUACAAGGAACGACCACAAGAUGUUGACCAACGAGAAUCGCCUUUAAAUAACUUCUCAGUAGCUCAGUGCCAGCUGAUGAAGACAGAACGACCUAAACCAAACACAUUUAUCAUUAGAUGCCUCCAGUGGACCACAGUAAUUGAAAGAACAUUUCAUGUGGAGACUCCAGAGGAGCGGGAAGAAUGGACAAAAGCCAUCCAAACUGUAGCAGACAGCCUCAAGAAACAGGAGGAAGAGAUGAUGGAUUUUAGAUCUGGUUCUCCUAGUGAUAAUUCAGGUGCUGAAGAAAUGGAAGUUUCUAUGACAAAGCCAAAACACAAAGUGACCAUGAAUGAAUUUGAAUACCUUAAGCUACUGGGAAAAGGCACUUUUGGAAAGGUCAUUUUAGUUAAAGAAAAAGCAACUGGACGAUAUUACGCUAUGAAAAUUCUGAAGAAGGAAGUUAUUGUAGCAAAGGAUGAAGUAGCACACACGCUGACAGAAAACCGUGUUUUACAGAACUCACGGCAUCCGUUCUUAACAGCUUUAAAGUAUUCCUUUCAGACACAUGAUCGCUUGUGUUUUGUUAUGGAGUAUGCUAAUGGAGGGGAGUUGUUUUUCCAUCUGUCGAGAGAGCGUGUGUUUUCUGAAGACAGGGCGCGUUUUUACGGAGCUGAGAUUGUUUCAGCGCUGGAUUACCUGCACUCAGAGAAGAAUGUGGUCUACAGAGAUUUGAAGCUGGAAAAUCUUAUGCUGGAUAAAGAUGGACACAUAAAAAUUACAGACUUUGGACUAUGUAAAGAAGGCAUAAAAGAUGGAGCAACAAUGAAGACUUUCUGUGGCACUCCAGAGUAUCUUGCACCAGAGGUGCUGGAAGAUAAUGACUAUGGUCGUGCAGUGGACUGGUGGGGAUUAGGAGUUGUGAUGUAUGAAAUGAUGUGUGGCCGGCUCCCUUUCUACAAUCAGGACCAUGAAAAGCUCUUUGAACUCAUCCUUAUGGAAGAGAUUAGAUUUCCACGCACUUUGUCACCUGAAGCAAAAUCUCUCUUGUCAGGUUUGCUGAAGAAAGAUCCUAAGCAAAGGUUAGGAGGCGGUCCUGAUGAUGCCAAGGAGAUUAUGCAACACAAAUUCUUUGCUGGCAUUGUUUGGCAAGAUGUAUACGAGAAAAAGCUUGUACCUCCAUUUAAGCCACAAGUUACAUCUGAAACAGAUACAAGAUACUUUGAUGAAGAAUUUACAGCACAGAUGAUUACAAUCACUCCUCCUGACCAAGAUGACAGCAUGGAUUGUGUAGACAAUGAGAGAAGACCUCAUUUUCCUCAGUUCUCCUAUUCAGCCAGUGGAACCGCUUAAUGUUUUGCAGUGUUUUCCCAUUCAGAAACAAAACAGACUGCAUUUUGGGGACCUUACUUCAAUGGACACUAGAGAACUUUCUUUAUUAUCUGAAUUACAAACUGUGUUUGUAUUACGAUUUAGAUGAAUUUGUAGGAAGCCUCACAGAUUCUGUAUUUAAAACAAUUCUUUGAUGCAUUUUUGAGAAGGAAAACAAAUCCAUUCUUAAAGUAUUACGUCAAGGCUCUUAUGCUGAACGACCAUAGGUUUUUAAGAAUAUGCACCAAAACUGUUUACUUUAGAAUUAAUUAAGGUAUUCAACAUAUCAGCAGCUCUGACCAGAACAUCCCCUUGUUUUAUUUAUUUCAUACAGUUCAUUGUCUAAAUAUAGAAUCUGCACUCUGAACAAUUAGAUUUAUAUAGGAAGAUAUAAGACUUUAGUAGUUAGUGCAAUAAUAGAAGCAACAAAGUGAACAAACUCUGGAGGAUUAAGGUUCAAACUCAUUUUGGACAGCAGUUGAAGUGUCAUCCAGCUCCAGAAAACCAACUAUAGGAACAGCAUUAAUGGCCUCAGUGAGGUAAAUCAAAAAGCAAAAGUUAUUUUUGUUAUAACAUCUGCUACAAGACAUUACAUAUCAAACCGAAUCCAGUGGAAUCUGGUCCAUUGCUACACAGUACAGCUGAAUAUUCCGUUCAGGACAGUGCAUUUAAUUGUUCCAUUUGUGUAGUUUAGGAAUACUUCAUAGGAUUGGCUUCUCAGAACAUAGAAAAUGCUUAAUUUACCAAUUAAUACGAACUGCAACAACACAGAAUCAUCCACUUUCACCACUGUAUAAAAAUACCAUACAGGUCUACAUGAGAAACCACCUGAAGGAGCGAGUUAUCCAGACAGACGUCCAUUUUGGCACUGAAGUAAUGACUUGUUGCCGCUUUUUUUUUUUUUAUGAAAAGAUAUAUGAAUAUAUAUAAACACUUAAUGAUUUUUUGCAUCAUGCCAGAUCAUUUCCUCUUUCUUGAGUGUGCAUUAAAGGUAUCAACUGACAGUUCACGGUGCCUUCUCACUCUUGAAGAUUCACUUUACCAGUGUUUCCCAUGUAUAAGAAAAAACUAGGUUGGAACUUCGUAUGUGUUUGAAUAAUAAUGGUGUUCAAAAAGUGAA